AUGGAAAAUAUCGUUUUAAAUACAAACUUUUCUUAUAAUAAUUUGUACGAUAGUUCCGACCCACUAUUUAACUCUUAUUAUGACUCUUCAUAUAAUGAUUCUGAUCUUUUAUCAAACUCUCGCCAUAAUUCUUCGGUUGAUACUUUUAACCCGCUAUUUAAUUUCUUAUAUGAUUUUUCUGACUUGUUUCUUGAAAAUGAUGAGAUAGCUAAUGAAAUUCAAAUAGGAAAUGAAAGUUUAGUAGAUUUUUUAAAAGAUCAUAUGAAAGACCGUCAGAAAGAUAAUAACGAAAUUCAACUAGGAAACGAUAUUAUAGGAAAUUAUUUGGAUGAUCAUCAGGAAGAAAAUAAUAACGAAAAUCAAACAGGAAAUGAAAGUAUAAAUACAGUAAGAAAUCAUUUGAAAAAUUAUCAUCAUGAAGAAGAAUAUGACGAUAGUGAAUAUGAGAGUGAGUAUGAGAGUAAAGAAGAAAACGGAUUAGAAUUAAAUCAAGGAAAAGAAUUUAGUUCAUGGGAACUUGCUGAGUCAUACCUUAAUGAAUAUGCAAAACAACAAGGAUUCUGCCUUCGUAAAAAAAGGCGUAUACCAGAUCCAAAUGAUAAAACAAUUACUAAACGCAGAACGUAUGAAUGCUCACAUGACCAAACACAUGAAACUCAAAAGACUAUCUUAGUGGAAAAUAGGAGGGAUAGAGAUUCUGAAAUGAUUGGAUGCUCUUGGCAUAUUAAUCUUGCAUUUCUUAAAUCUUCAAAUGGUGUUCGGAUUAACAGUAUAAUUGGUAAACACAAUCAUGAUAUGAACCUACUUGUUGGUGAAAUAGCACCAAAAUAUCGAAAAUUAACUAACAAAAUGAUUGAAAAAGUUAAAUUUUAG